AUGAGGACUCUUAAACUUCAGCUCGACUACGUUCUGGCGAGGAACAUUCCUCAGUCAGAUAUCCGAAAAUCUAGGGCUGUUUGGGACGUCGCCUUCGACUCUGACCACCGUCCAGUUCUUCUCAGCUUCAAGAUGCGGUUCUACAAGAGAAACCGAGGAGUUCCUCCUCAACCGAAAAUCGACAUGGCAGGUCUGAAAGAUGAUGAAUGCAGAAGAAAAUUCCGUCAACGUGUGACUAUUCACAGAGAGUACAGACCAGGGAGAAGCUUAGCGAUGCGGAUUCCUUCACAAAGUGCAUCCUGGACGCUGCAAGGGAAACGCUCCCAGUUCUAUUGCCGCGGAAGAAGUUUGCCUUUGCAUCUGCGGAAACAAAAUCCACGUACAAUUCUGUAUGUGUCGCAGCGUUCGUGA